AUGUCCCGGUCAGCGAGCGAUGCAACUCGGUUUACGGCCACCGGACCCUACGCCUACUCGAAAUCCUCGAUGUCUUCCCCCGCUUCGUCGAAAUGGUCCGGCCUGAAGGUCAGGUCUUCGCAGCCGUCACAACCAUCUCCCGGCCAGGGAACACAAGAGACUCCCAGAGAGAAGGUUGAGCGGCUACGGGCCCAGGCUCGCGCCAAUCGCAUUGCACAGUCGUUUUCUCCAAUGGAUAAGAUAACUGAUAAACUGACCUGUUGUGUGUGUUCAGGAAUUGCUGGAGUUUUGACCAUUUAUUCAAUGGCAUCGUUAAUCAUGCACAACCGGCGGCAGCGGGAACUAUUUAUCGAAAAGGAAUUGGAGAGUCUCUUAGAUGCUAGAAAGGCAUAUGUUGCCGGAACUGCGACUGCACAACAGAUCGAGCUGCUACGGAAAGAAAAGGCCGCGGACGAGGAGAAGCGGAUGCGGGAUGAGGCGAAGAAGCAGACCAUGUUUUAUAAGGCCCGGAGCUGGCUCUUCGAUGGCCCAGAUGCCAUAACGACCACCAGCUCAGACACCGAACCACACACCCAGUCACAACAAAUACCCGAUUUAAGCACAGCCCAGACAGCACCUGCUACGCCUGCCGUGCCUACAGAACCUCAAGGGGGCAAAACGGCCAACACUAACUCCUCGAACUCAAGUUGGUCAAGUUGGAUACGCUGGGGAGGGGCCGGUAAAUAA